GCCACCUCUAGGCAACAGCUGUUCGAAAGAAGUAAAUCGGAAUCGCUCCAAUUGGAUUUGAUUUUUUAUUUUUGUGGGCCAGCAACUCCUGCAUUGGAGUCGGCGGUUGCGUAACAAGGCGCUUCUUCCUGGUUUCUGGCUGGCACUUGCAGUUCCAGAAUGGCGUUGGCGUUGCGCGUGGCCCGAUUGGCCUCGGUUCCGGCCAACUGCUGGCCCCGGGAUCGCCGGCCACUGUUACACCUGUGCAGCAGUGAUAGCAGAAACUACGCAACAAAGCCCGAAGCCGCGGCCCCGCCGGCGCAAAUCAAGCGAAAUGUGGCUGCCGAGAUAACCAGCGUGGGCAAGGUCAUUUACGAAACGGGCUGGGAUGCCAACAAGCCGACCGAUAAGCCAAAGGUCCAGAAGCCCAGCAGCACCUCCUCCCCGCAGCCGCCGCAAGGAGCGCCCGAGGACGAGAAGCGCAAAGAGCUGGACACCGUGAAAUCCAAGAGGGAUCAGAUGCGGGACAAUAUGCAGGACUACAUAUUCACCCGCUACUUCAACUAUGUCAAGAACUAUGACAAAGUGCUCGAAAAGAACUUCCCGAAGGCCAUGCAGCUGUACCGGGUGUUCUUCGAUGGUGUCAAGGACUUUUUUGGCGACAUGAAGCGCUUCCUAAAGAUUGCCCGCAUAGCCAAUGAUUCGCCCCAGGGAAUCAGAGCCCUUAAUCGUCAGGAGCUGGAGCUGUACAUGCAGAUGCCGCGGGACAUGAUGAAGGUGGCCCCGGCUUUAAUUGGCUGCUCCCUGCCCAUGGUGGGCUAUGCAUUCUUUCCUCUCGUCUUCUAUUACCCCCGCUCCUUUCUCACUGCCCACUUCUGGACCUCGCAGCAGCGCUCCGAGUUUCAGAGCUACUACAUGAAGCGGCGACUGUGCAACAACAAGGACGUCUUUCGCUGCCUGCAGGCCAAGCUCAAAGCGACCGCCGCUCAUCCCAAGCACUCGGCUUUCGCUGAUAUCUUGGGACAGCUGGGUAGCGGCACCCACCCCACGCCAGAGAUGCUCAUCGAUGUCAAGGACAUAUUCGCCGAUGGACCCUACUCCCUGCUGGGGAUGUCAAGGAAGCAUGUUAGAAACCUAGUCAACCUUCAUGGCCUGCCCAGCAGCAUCUUCAAGCGACAUCGCCUUCACGAACACGCCUUUCUGGUCCACUACAUGGACCAGGCCAUAACCCGCGAGGGAGGCGUCCACAACUUGACCCCGGAGGCUCUGCGCUACUCCUGCUAUCUGCGCGGAUUGAAUCCCGACAGCCUCAGCAGCGAAGCCAUGAUCGAGUGGCUGCGCAAGUGGGUCAAGGUGUCCACAUCGAUACAAGGCGAACAUAUCACGCUGUUCCUGCACUUGCCCAUCCUGCUGGGCUACAACCAUCCCAACAACUGGAAGACCAUCUACGGUAAAUGCCCCCCUUUAGCGGGGGCCUAGUUGGUUUUUCAUUUGGUAGACUGUGCUUUAAAGAUUGGACUGUUUAAGAUCAUUUUGUUUCUUGAGAGCAAAUAAAACUGUUAAACCCAAUAGAAAA